AUGUUGUUCGUCGCACAAAUUCUGCUCCUUGUGAGCUUGGUCAGUGCCAUUCCCAUGCCGCAAGACCUGGAGGCGACCACCGAGGUGGCUGCGGCCGCCAGUUCCAACUACUGGGUGGCCAACGUGAAGCGCCAAGGCGUGGUGGCUUUCGGCAACGGCACCGACUAUAAAGUAUUCCGCAACGUCAAGGACUUUGGCGCGAAGGGUGAUGGCUCCACGGAUGACACCGCCGCGAUUAACCAGGCGAUCUCAUCUGGCAACCGCUGCGGUAAAGGAUGCGAUUCGUCCACCGUCACCCCGGCCUUCGUGUACUUCCCUCCCGGUACCUACGUCGUGUCGAAGCCUAUUGUGCAGUACUACUACACGCAGAUGGUGGGAGACGCGAUUGAUCUGCCUGUUCUCAAGGCCUCUGCUGACUUCGCUGGUAUGGCUGUCAUCGACGCCGAUCCGUACGAAGACGAUGGCUCCAACUGGUACACCAACCAGAACAACUUCUUCCGUGCCAUCCGCAACUUCGUGAUCGACCUGACUGCCGUGCCCCAGGGCUCCGGCGCUGGUAUCCACUGGCAGGUCGGCCAGGCCACCAGCUUGCAGAACAUCCGCUUCGAGAUGGUCAAGGGCGGCGGCGACGCCAACAAGCAGCAGGGUAUCUUCAUGGACAACGGGUCCGGUGGCUUCAUGUCCGACCUGGUUUUCAACGGUGGUAACUACGGAGUGUUCCUGGGCAACCAGCAGUUCACCACCCGCAACCUGACCUUCAAUGACUGCAACACUGCCAUCUUCAUGAACUGGAACUGGGCCUGGACCUUCAAGUCCGUGUUUAUCAACAACUGUCAAACCGGUCUGAACAUGUCCAACUCCCCGCAGAACCAGACCGUUGGCUCUGUCCUCCUGCUGGACAGCAAGCUCACCAACACGCCCACCGGCGUGGUCACUGCGUUCACCAAAGACAGCAUUCCCAUCGGCGGUGGUGUCUUGAUCCUGGACAACGUCGACUUCAGCGGCUCCGAGACCGCCGUUCAGGGCGUUGAUGGCGGGGCGAUCCUCGAAGGCGGCUCCGUCGUCACCAACUGGGUCCAGGGUAACAGCUACACCCCAUCCACCUCGCUGAACAAGCGUGCCGAGCAGCCAGCGGAAGUUGUCAUCAAAACCGUUUAUGAGACCGUGACCGCAUGUGGUCUGGCCACCGACUCUCUCCCUGAGCCGGCCACCACCGACGCUGCCGCUCACGGUGCUCAAACCACCGCUGCCAAUGCCGCUGCCCCUUCGCAGUCCGUCGUCUUCCCGUCCGUCGGUAACGAUCUCACAAUGCAGGGACUGGAGCCCUCUGCCUCCACGCCCGCCGAAGAGACUCCCGUUGGCCAGCCUGCCCAGAACCCCAACCCCGCGGUCCAGUCAUCGGUCGAGCAAGGCACGUCUGUCCCGGCGGCCACCCAGGCUGCCUCGGCGCCUCAGUCCAACGCCCCCGCCCAGCCGGUCACCACCUCCGCCCCUCUGAUCCCCUCCGCGGGCUCCCAGACCUCCGCCGCCGGUUCCGCCCCCGCUGGAACUUCCGCUCCCGCCGGCUCCUCCGCCGCGGCGGGCACCCACGCGGCCCUCCAAUGCUCCAGCAAGACCGUCACCAAGACGCGUCUCCAGACCGCUCUACCCGCGCACACCAAGGCCGCUGGCCUCACCGGCUCCAACGGCAAGGUCUUCGAGCGCUCCAAGCCCCUCUACGAAGACAUCCCCGCGUCCUCGUUCGUCAGCGUCCGCUCCGCCGGCGCCAAGGGCGACGGCACCACCGACGACACGGCGGCCAUCCAAAAGGUCCUCGACAGCGCGACCACCGACCAGAUCGUCUACUUCGACCACGGCUCCUACAUCAUCACCGACACCAUCAAGGUGCCCAAGAACAUCAAGAUCACCGGCGAGAUCUGGCCGGUUCUCAUGGCCCACGGCGCCAAGUUCUCCGACGAGCUCAACCCCAUCCCCAUGCUCCAGAUCGGCCAGCCCGGCGACUCCGGCGCCGUCGAGAUCUCCGACCUCGCCAUCCAAACCAAGGGCCCCGCCCCCGGCGCCAUCCUCAUGCAAUGGAACCUCGCCGAGUCCUCCCAGGGCUCCGCCGCCAUGUGGGACGUCCACUUCCGCAUCGGCGGCUCCGCCGGCACGCAGCUGCAAUCCGACAAGUGCGCCAAAACGCCCAAGCAAACCACCACGCCGGACAAGGAAUGCAUCGGCGCAUUCAUGCUCCUGCACCUCACGGAAACCGCCUCCGCAUACAUCGAAAACUCCUGGUUCUGGACGGCCGACCACGAACUCGACCUCCCCGACCACAACCAAAUCAACAUCUACAACGGGCGCGGGGUGCUCAUCGAAUCCCAAAAGCCCGUCUGGCUCUACGGCACCGCCUCCGAACACAACCAGUUCUACAACUACCAGAUCACCAACGCCAAGAACGUCUACAUGGGCCUCAUCCAGUCCGAAACCCCCUACUACCAGUCCAACCCCAACGCGCUCGUCCCCUUCACGAGCCAAUCCAAAUGGCACGACCCGGACUUCUCGACCUGCACGACAGAAGGGUGCAAGAAGGCAUGGGGCCUGCGGGUCAUGAACUCCAGCGAGACCUACGUGUACGGCGCCGGGUUGUACAGCUUCUUCGAGAACUACGGCCAGUCGUGUCUGGAUACCGAGUCUUGUCAGGAGAACAUGGUCGAGGUGGACUGCUCGGAUGUCAGGAUCUACGGGCUCAGCACCAAGGCGAGUACGAAUAUGAUUACCUCGUCGAGUGGCCAGGGCUUGGUGCCGCAGGAUGAGAACGAGAGUAACUUCUGCUCGACGAUUGCGUUGUUCGAGCAGUCGUGA